AAAAAUAUAAAGGUCGGACGUUGAAGGCAUCGGCAACGUCGCAAGACCUGUCAGUUCGUUGUUGACAGUUCAGAUUUCCGGAAAAGGGAGCGGGUCAUUACUGUUCCUCAAAAAGAAAAAUAAUCAAAACCUACCCUUUUCCUCGGCGAUUCUCUAAAUUUUGUGCAGUAGAACACAAACAUGGAAAAAACAAACCAAGAAGUUCUAGAACAAGACCUGCAAGAGGAGGGCCAGUUCGUCGUCGACGACGUUAGUAAAAUAAUAAAAGACGCCAUCGAGACCGUCAUCGGGGGCAACAGCUAUCAACAAAACAAAGUAAAUAAUUGGACAACCGCUGUUGUGGAAGCCUGCACCUCCGAACUGACCAAACUAAUGAAACCUUACAAAUACAUCGUCACUUGCACCAUAAUGCAGAAAAACGGAGCAGGAUUACAUACAGCCAGUUCAUGUUACUGGGACAAUAACACCGAUGGGAGCUGUACUGUUCGUUGGGAAAAUAAAACCAUGUUUUGUAUUGUGUCCGUUUAUGGUUUAGCCAUUUAAAACUUGUCUAUGUCUAGUUAUUAAUUGAAAUUAGAGCUUGUAUCUUUGUGAUGAUUAAAGAAUUAAUAAUGUUUUAUAAUAAGUAGAUGAAGCUCUUUAAAACUGUUGCUUAAUCAGCAAUAGAAGCUGCUCUUUCACUCUUAUUUUACUCUUAUCACAGUAACUAGCUAGGAAAUUUAGUACCGUAAAGGCAAAUGAGGCUUUUUAUGUUGAAUUUCAUUCUGAUUGUGCUCUUCUGUUUAACUAGAGCACUAUAGCAGAAAUUCAUGUUUAUCAGAGUUAAUAUAUAAUUUUCUUUUAAA